UUUCAUAGUGUUGUCACUGUUGAUUCUGUCUAACCUUUGGACUAAUUGGUUCAUCCCAAUAUAUUUGCACUGAUAUAUAAGACUUCCAGAACAUUGGAAAAACUCACUAUUGCUUUUACGGUGAGGUCUCGGUACCUGGAAACAGACAUGGAGUGGAAAAUACUUCCCAUGUACUUGCUGCUGCUUUCUGUUUUCUUGAUUCAGCAAGUUUCUUCUCAAGAUUUACCAAGCUGUGCAGGGAGAUGUGGGGAAGGGUAUUCUAGAGAUGCCACCUGCAACUGUGAUUAUAACUGUCAACACUACAUGGAGUGCUGCCCUGAUUUCAAGAAAGUCUGCACUGUGGAGCUUUCCUGUAAAGGCCGCUGCUUCGAGUCCUUUGCAAGAGGGAGGGAGUGCGACUGUGACUCGGAAUGUAAGAAGUAUGGCAAGUGCUGUUCCGAUUAUGAGAAUUUUUGUGGAAAAGUGCAUAAUCCCCCAUCACCAUCUUCAAAGACUGUACCUCCAGCUCCAGGAGCAUCUCAAACCAUCAAAUCAACAACCAAACGUUCACCCAAAUCACCAAACAAGAAGAAGACUAAGAAAGUUAUAGAAUCAGAGGAAAUAACAGAAGAACAUUCUGUUUCUGAAAAUCAAGAGUCUUCUUCCUCCUCUUCCUCUUCCUCUUCAACUAUUCGGAAAGUCAAGUCUUCCAAAAAUUCAGCUGCUAAUAAAGAAUUAAAGAAGAAACCCAAAGUAAAAGAUAGCAAGAAGGAAAAAACUCCUAAAAAGAAACCUAACCCUGAACCACCAGUUGUAGAUGAAGAUGGAAGUGGACUGGACAAUGGUGACGUCAAGCUCACCCCGACUCCUGACAUUCCUACCACCCAACGCAAUAAAGUUACCACGUCUCCCAAGAUUACAACAGUCAAACCGACAAAUCCAAAACCCAGUCUUCCACCUAAUUCUGAUACACCCAAAGAGACAUCUUCAACAACCAGUGAGGAGACAGCAGUUGAAACUAAAGAGACUUCUAUAACGAAUAAACAGACUUCAAAUAGAGAAAAAGAGAAGACUACUUCACCUAAAGAGAAAAAAAGUGCGGAGAAAACACCUGCUAAAGAUUUUGAACCGACAUCCAAAGCUCCUACUACAUCUACACCAAAAGCUGAAACUACAACCAAAUCUUCUGCUCCCACCACCACCAAGAAACCUGUUCCCACUACCCCCAAGAAGCCUGCACCCACCACUCCCAAGAAGCCUGCACCCACGACCAAAGAGCCUACACCCACCACCCCCAAGAAGCCUGCACCCACCACCAAAGAGCCUGCACCCACCACCCCCAAGAAGCCUGCACCCACCACCAAAGAGCCUGUACCCACCACCCCCAAGAAGCCUGCACCCACCACCAAAGAGCCUGCACCCACCACCAAAGAGCCUACACCCACCACUCCCAAGAAGCCUGCACCCACGACCAAAGAGCCUACACCCACCACCCCCAAGAAGCCUGCACCCACCACCAAAGAGCCUGCACCCACCACCCCCAAGAAGCCUGCACCCACCACCAAAGAGCCUGUACCCACCACCCCCAAGAAGCCUGCACCCACCACCCCCAAGCAGCCUGCACCCACCACCAAAGAGCCUACACCCACCACCCCCAAGAAGUCUGCUCCCACCACUCCUAAGGAGCCUGCAUCCACUACCACCAAAGAACCUCCACCCACAGCCCCCACAGAGCCUGCACUCACCACUCCAAAGGAGCCUACACCCACUGCCCCCAAGGAGGCUGCACCCACCACCCCCAACAAGCCUGCUCCUAUUACCACCAAGGAACCUGCACCCACGGCCCCCAAGGAGCCUGCACCUACCACCCCCAAGGAACCUGCACCCACAGCCCCCAAGGAGGCUGCACCCACCACCCCCAACAAGCCUGCUCCUAUUACCACCAAGGAGCCUGCACCCACGGCCCCCAAGGAGCCUGCACCUACCACUCCCAAGGAACCUGCACCCAUGGCCCCCACAGAGCCUGCACCCACCACUCCCAAGGAGCCUGUAUCCACAGCCCCCAAGGAACCUUCUCCCAGCAUUCCCAAGGAGCCUGCACCCAUGGCCCCCACAGAGCCUGCACCCACCACUCCCAAGGAGCCUGCACCCACAGCCCCCAAGGAACCUGCUCCCAGCAUUCCCAAGGAGCCUGCACCCACAACCCCCAAGGAACCUGCUCCAAGCAUUCCCAAGGAGCCUGCACCCAUGGCCCCCAACAAGCCUGCUCCCACCGCUCCCAAGGAGCCUGCACCCACCACCCCCAAGGAGCCUGCACCCACCGCCCCCAAGGAGCCUGCUCCCAGCAUUCCCAAGGAGCCUGCACCCACAGUCCCCAAAGAACCUGCUCCCAGCAUUCCCAAGGAGCCUGCACCCACAGUCCCCAAAGAACCUGCUCCCAGCAUUCCCAAGGAGCCUGCACCCACAGCCCCCAAAGAACCUGCUCCCAGCAUUCCCAAGGAGCCUGCACCCACAGUCCCCAAAGAACCUGCUCCCAGCAUUCCCAAGGAGCCUGCUCCCAGCAUUCCCAAGGAGCCUGCACCCACAGUCCCCAAAGAACCUGCUCCCAGCAUUCCCAAGGAGCCUGCACCCACAGCCCCCAAAGAACCUGCUCCCAGCAUUCCCAAGGAGCCUGCACCCACGGUCCCCAAGGAGACUGCUCCCACCACCACCAAGGAGCCCAUCCCCAAACUUCUCAAGGAGCCCACUCCAGCUUCUCUUGAGACACCUGCUCCAACCAACUCAGAGGGCUCUACUACAACCACCAUGGAGCCUCCCACUACUCCCAAAAACCCUGCUGAAUCAACUCCUGAGUUUCCCAAAGAACCCACACCAAAGGCUCUUGAAAACAGUCCCAAAGAACCUGUUAUACCUGUAACUAAGGCUCCUGGAGUGACCACACCUGAAAUCACUACAACAGCUAAAGACAAAACAACAGAAAAAGACAUACACAUGACACCUGGAAUUAUGGCCGCUGUACCUACAUCAACUCCGACAGAAGAAAAGACCACUGAUUCCAAAACAAGAAUAACCACACAAGUAACAUCAGCCACAUCAUCCAAAAAUACUCCUCAAGCCACAACUCUUGCACCCAAAGUAAUGACUACAACAAAAAAGGCAACUACAUCUGAAGAGACUAUGAAUAAACCCGAAGAAACCACAGCUGCACCAAAAGACAGAGCUAAUCCUAAAGUGUCAACUCCUAAAUCCCAAAAGCCAACCAAAGCACCAAAAAGGCCCACUUCUACCAAAAAGCCAAACACGAUACCUAAAAGGAGAAAACCAAAGACUACACCAACUCCCCCAAGGAUGACUACAUCAACAGUGCCCAAAUUACACCCCACCUCUUCCACAAAAGCCAUUCUCCAAACUACCACCAGCCCCAACCAAACACCUAACUCAGAAAUAGUUGAAGUAAAUCCAAAUAAGGAUGGAGAUGCUGCGGGAGAAAAACCUCACACGAUCCCCAGGCCCCCUGUGUUAACUCCUAUAUUUAUCCCAGGCACAGAUAUCUUAGUGAGAGGAUCCAAUCAAGACAUUGCCAUCAACUCCAUGCUUUCAGACGAGACUAAUUUAUGCAAUGGUAAGCCAGUAGAUGGGCUGACUGCUUUGCGCAAUGGAACACUAGUUGCAUUUCGAGGUCAUUAUUUCUGGAUGCUAAAUCCAUUCAGUCCACCAUCUCCAGCUCGUAAAAUUACUGAAGUUUGGGGUAUUCCCUCCCCCGUUGAUACUGUUUUUACUAGGUGCAACUGUGAAGGAAAAACUUUCUUCUUUAAGGAUUCUCAGUACUGGCGUUUCACCAAUGACAUAAAAGAUGCAGGGUAUCCCAAACAAAUUGUAAAAGGAUUUGGAGGACUAAAUGGAAAAAUAGUGGCAGCUCUCUCCAUAGCUAAAUACAAGGAAAGACCUGAAUCUGUGUAUUUUUUCAAGAGAGGUGGUGGCAUUCAGCAGUAUAUUUAUAAACAGGAACCCGUCAGAAAGUGCACUGGUAGAAGGCCUGCUAUCAAUUAUUCAGUGUAUGGAGAAACAACACAGGUUAGGAGACGUCGCUUUGAACGCGCCAUAGGACCUUCUCAAACACACACCAUCAGAAUUCGCUAUUCACCCAUCAGAGUCUCUUAUCAAGACAAAGGUUUCCUCCAUAAUGAAGUUAAAAUGAGUUUAUACUGGAGAGGAUUUCCAAAUGUGGUUACUUCAGCUAUAGCACUGCCCAACACCAGAAAACCUGAUGGCUAUGAUUAUUAUGCCUUUUCUAAAGAUCAAUACUAUAACAUCGAUGAACCAAGUAGAACAGCAAGAGUCAUUACUACUCGUUCUGGGCGGACCUUGUCCAAUGUCUGGUACAACUGUCCUUAGACCCACGGGCAAAGGAAGAAUCAACUAAUUAAAAUGAAGAAAAAAAUGAAAAAUUUUGACACUGAAACACAUUUUAUUAAUAAAGAAUGUUGAGAGAAGCAUA